AAAUACCAUAUUUUUCGCUGCAUAAGACACACCUGACUAUAAGACGCACCUAGGUUUUAGAGGAGGAAAACAAGAAAAAAAAAUAUUCUGAACCAAAACUACAGACAUAGUACAGGAGAUGACCAGAGACUGCAGACAUCGUUACAGGAGAUGACCAGAGACUGCGGACACAGUAUAGGAGAUGACCGGAGACUGCGGACACAGUACAGGAGAUGACCAGAGACUGCGGACACAGUACAGGGUGAUGACCGGAGACUGCGGACACAGUACAGGAGAUGACCAGAGACUGCGGACACAGUACAGG